AUGAACCGCAAGGCCACCCGUGAUUCCGUCGUCUUCAGCAUCUCUGACCUUCAGAGGGAGGCGUCGCAGAAGCUGUCUACCACUGUUAGGGAGUACUACAAUGAAGGCGCAAUGGACCUCGUCACUGUCAAGGACAACACUGCCGCCUACGACCGGCUCCGUCUUCGCCCUCGUGUUUGUGUGGACGUCGCCAAGGUCGACGCUUCGACUGAGUGCUUUGGAUCCAAGGUCGCGUUCCCCCUCGGCUUCUCGCCUGCUGCCAUGCACAAGCUCGCACACAAGGACGGCGAGUGUGGCACGUCGCGCGCGGCUGCAAAGUUUGGGAUCAACAUGCUCCUGUCGCAGUACGCCACUGACUCCAUUGGAGAUGUGACCGCCAUGGGCGCUGGCGCUGGCAACGCAUAUGGCAUGCAGGUGUGCCUCACCGAGGACCCGGCGACCAACACCAGGCUUAUUCGUGACGCCGAAGCUGCUGGCUGCAAGUCUCUUGUCAUCACAGUGGACGCGCCCGCUCUUGGCCGCCGGUUGAACGAGUACCGCAACAACUUUUCCCUCCCCAAACACCUCACUUUCCCCAACAUGGGGGCGGACAUGGACCACAGCGACGUUGUCACUUACGACCCGCGCAAGGCCUAUGACGCUGCCCUGACCUGGACCAAGAUCCGCCACAUUGCGGCCACGACCACCAUGGACGUCUACCUCAAAGGUGUUCAAACUGCGGAAGACGCUCUCGAGGCUGUUCGCUGCGGUGUGGCCGGUAUCAUUGUAUCCAACCACGGUGGUCGUCAGGUAGACAGCGCAGUUGCGACAAUCGAUGCGCUCGAGGAGAUUGUGGAUGCCGUGCAGGGUCGCAUCCAGGUGCACAUCGAUGGCGGUAUCCGCCGCGGCAGCGACAUUUUCAAGGCGCUCGCCCUCGGUGCGGACCAUUGCUGGGUGGGCCGCGUUCCCAUCUGGGGCCUGGCCUACAAUGGCGAGGAGGGUGUCAGCCUUGCCAUUCAGCUCCUCUACGACGAGUUUGCGACCACAAUGACCCUCAUGGGCUGCACCAAGAUUUCGGACAUUAAGCGCAGCCACCUCUCGCGCAUGGGCCCUGACGGUGGCUUCCACAAGCUCCAGGAUCUCCCGGACUGGUCCAGCAAGGUGGCCGGCCCCAUCCUGGAUGUGCAUGCCCGUCUCUAG